AUGCUGAAGUCGGACCGUCGAUUAGCGGCAAAAAUAGUGGAACGCUACGGUGGUAAGCACGUUGGCCAGGUGGUAAAGGAAAACCCUGGGCCACCCCCAAAAUGUAUAAGUGCCGGUUGGCACCAUGGGCUGCACAAGCUGACCAGAUGUGCCGAUGAAAGAUCAGCCAUCUUAUAUAAAAAGGCAGUUUCUCUGGUGGGGGAGGUCUGGAAGGGAGCCAGACUGGAGGCCGUGAACUGCGAGAAUCUUCCUCUUCGCCCCAGGGCUCGCGUCUGGCUGCCUGCCGAACAGUCCACUGCAAAGGAGAUCGAGGAAAUCCUCCGAUACUGCAACCCCUCACUUUCCGCGCACGACUGGAGGGUCAUACGGCUUGAGAGAACCGAUGAACCAUAUCGGCAGGCGCUGAUAAUGCUAAACGCGGAGUCCAUCGGUCCUCUCAGCAAAACGAAGGGAGCCAUCAGUUAUGGGUUCGAAAUGGUAGUGCUGAAAGUACUCUCGACGGAUUCCAGGGCUGAUGGCACCCAAGCUGCAGAUGCUGGGGGGAAGACAGAGGGCGUCACGGAUGAUCAAACGAAAAUGGAAAACGACCCAAACCUCUCGGACGUGGCGAGUUCUGGAGGCGGUUCGUCAAUCGGCGACUCCGUCUUCAGCCUUGAGCAAUUGUUUGAGGAGGUGAGGGUCGAUCACGACCUGAGCGCUGAACUGGCGCUCAUAGAGGAGAGUUUGAAGGAUGAAAUUUCUCCAAAGUAA